AUGGGUGGCACCGUCUUGGAGGGCUUUGGGGCUUUUGUAGACACCCCACGUGCUGAGCUACCAGCAAACCUGCUUCUUAUUGCAAUGAAAAACAUUAAAACCUCAAAGUAUGUUCAGGCUUUGGCUUUGGGCGUCCCUCGUCUUUCCAAUCGCUGGAUCGAUAGCUGUUAUGAAGCGCAUCAAGUAUUGUCAUAUCAGCCGUAUCUCCUCCCGACUGGAAUGUCUGAAGAACUCGAAACUAUCGUCUCAAGCACACCUCCCCAUAAUCGAGGGAUAUUUUGUGGUUUAGUGAUCGGUCUUUGUGGUUCCUUUGCAUUCAAGGAGGACACAAAAACUACACUCAAGUUGGCAGGUGCCAAGGUGAAAGCUGUGACGCCUAAGAGUGGCCCACAGGACUGUAACUACAUUAUAUUCUAUAACCUCUCGUCUCACGAGAACUAUUGCAAGGUCAAUACCCCUGUCCCUAAGCUAUCCCACGAAUGGCUUACCCAGUGUUUAAUCAAUCAGCGAAUCGUAUCUAUUUAUGCACAUCCGAGCUAUAGAGAGUUCAAGAAUUAUAGUAUACCGACUGCUUAA